UCUCCCCCCCUUGCCUUCUCCCGCACCCUCCUUCUUCCCUCCGCCCGGGAGCUUUCCCUGGUCCCCGGCGCCGCCUCCUUCCCUCCCGACUCUCGGCUCCCGCGGCCGCCGCCGCCCCGGGGAAGGAGAGACGGGGGUGGGGUUUGGGGGACGCGAGAGAGGAGGGAGAGACCCUGACGGGGCCGGAGCUCGGAUUCUGGGGAAGGAGGGACGGGAGGAGAGGAAAGGUGGAGAAGGAAGGAGGGGGCAGCGGGGCGCAGCGGCCGGGGCCGGGGCCUUGAGGCCCGGGAGAGCCAGGGAGCAGGGCCAGCGCGCCGAGAUGCUGCUGCUGCUGCUGUCGCUGGCGCCACUCUUCCUCCGCCCCCCCGGGGCAGGCGGGGCGCAGACCCCCAACGCUACCUCAGAAGGUUGCCAGAUCAUACACCCCCCCUGGGAAGGGGGCAUCAGGUACCGGGGCCUGACCCGAGACCAGGUGAAGGCCAUCAACUUUCUGCCAGUGGACUAUGAGAUUGAGUAUGUGUGCCGGGGGGAGCGCGAAGUGGUGGGCCCCAAGGUCCGAAAGUGCCUGGCCAAUGGUUCCUGGACAGACAUGGACACACCCAGCCGUUGUGUCCGAAUCUGCUCCAAGUCUUACUUGACCCUGGAAAAUGGAAAGGUUUUCCUGACGGGCGGGGACCUCCCCGCUCUGGACGGAGCCCGGGUGGAUUUCCGCUGCGACUCCGACUUCCACCUGGUGGGCAGCUCCCGGAGCAUCUGUAGUCAGGGCCAGUGGAGCACCCCCAAGCCCCACUGCCAGGUGAACCGAACGCCACACUCAGAACGGCGCGCAGUGUACAUCGGGGCGCUGUUUCCCAUGAGCGGGGGCUGGCCCGGGGGCCAGGCCUGCCAGCCCGCGGUGGAGAUGGCGCUGGAGGACGUGAAUAGCCGCAGGGACAUCCUGCCGGACUAUGAGCUCAAGCUCAUCCACCACGACAGCAAGUGUGACCCUGGCCAGGCCACCAAGUACCUGUACGAGCUGCUCUACAAUGACCCUAUCAAGAUCAUCCUCAUGCCCGGCUGCAGCUCUGUCUCCACGCUCGUGGCCGAGGCUGCCAGAAUGUGGAACCUCAUUGUGCUUUCCUAUGGCUCCAGCUCACCUGCUCUGUCAAACCGGCAACGUUUUCCUACAUUCUUUCGAACUCAUCCAUCAGCCACCCUGCACAAUCCUACCCGCGUGAAACUCUUCGAAAAGUGGGGCUGGAAGAAGAUUGCCACCAUCCAGCAGACCACGGAGGUCUUCACUUCGACGCUGGAUGACCUAGAGGAGCGAGUGAAGGAGGCGGGGAUUGAGAUUACCUUCCGCCAAAGUUUCUUCUCAGAUCCAGCUGUGCCUGUCAAAAACCUGAAGCGCCAGGACGCACGAAUCAUCGUGGGACUUUUCUAUGAGACGGAAGCCCGAAAAGUUUUUUGUGAGGUGUACAAGGAGCGUCUCUUCGGGAAGAAGUACGUCUGGUUCCUCAUUGGGUGGUAUGCUGACAACUGGUUCAAGAUCUAUGAUCCGUCCAUCAACUGCACGGUGGACGAGAUGACCGAGGCGGUAGAGGGCCACAUCACCACUGAGAUUGUCAUGCUGAACCCUGCCAACACACGCAGCAUCUCCAACAUGACAUCACAGGAGUUUGUGGAGAAGCUGACCAAACGACUCAAGAGACACCCCGAGGAGACAGGGGGCUUCCAGGAGGCACCGCUGGCUUAUGAUGCCAUCUGGGCCUUGGCCUUGGCCCUGAACAAGACAUCCGGAGGCGGGGGCCAUUCGGGCGUGCGCCUCGAAGACUUCAAUUACAACAACCAGACCAUCACUGACCAGAUCUACAGGGCGAUGAACUCCUCGUCCUUUGAGGGCGUCUCCGGCCAUGUGGUGUUUGAUGCUAGCGGCUCCCGGAUGGCAUGGACACUGAUCGAGCAGCUGCAGGGAGGCAGCUACAAGAAGAUUGGCUACUACGACAGCACCAAGGAUGAUCUUUCCUGGUCCAAGACAGACAAGUGGAUCGGAGGGUCUCCCCCAGCUGACCAGACCAUGGUCAUCAAGACGUUCCGCUUCCUGUCACAGAAACUCUUUAUCUCCGUCUCGGUUCUCUCCAGCCUGGGCAUUGUUCUAGCUGUUGUCUGUCUGUCCUUUAACAUCUACAACUCCCAUGUCCGGUAUAUCCAGAACUCGCAGCCCAACCUGAACAACCUGACCGCUGUGGGCUGCUCGCUGGCGUUGGCUGCUGUCUUCCCCCUCGGACUGGAUGGGCAUCACAUCGGGAGAAACCAGUUCCCCUUCGUCUGUCAGGCCCGGCUCUGGCUCCUGGGUUUGGGCUUUAGUCUGGGUUACGGCUCCAUGUUUACCAAGAUCUGGUGGGUCCACACAGUCUUCACCAAGAAGGAGGAAAAGAAGGACUGGAGGAAGACCCUGGAGCCCUGGAAGCUGUAUGCCACCGUGGGCCUGCUGGUGGGCAUGGACAUCCUUACUCUCGCCAUCUGGCAGAUUGUGGACCCCCUGCACCGGACCAUUGAGACGUUUGCCAAGGAGGAACCAAAGGAGGAUAUCGACGUGUCUAUUCUGCCGCAGCUGGAGCACUGCAGCUCCAAGAAGAUGAAUACGUGGCUUGGCAUUUUCUACGGUUACAAGGGGCUGCUGCUGCUGCUGGGCAUCUUUCUUGCUUAUGAGACCAAGAGUGUGUCCACUGAGAAGAUUAAUGACCACCGGGCUGUGGGCAUGGCCAUCUACAACGUGGCGGUCCUGUGCCUCAUCACUGCCCCCGUCACCAUGAUCCUGUCCAGCCAGCAGGACGCGGCCUUCGCCUUUGCCUCUCUCGCCAUAGUUUUCUCCUCCUACAUCACCUUGGUUGUGCUCUUCGUGCCCAAGAUGCGCAGGCUGAUCACCCGAGGGGAAUGGCAGUCUGAAGCACAGGACACCAUGAAGACGGGGUCAUCAACCAACAACAACGAGGAGGAGAAGUCCCGGCUGUUGGAGAAGGAGAACCGAGAACUGGAGAAGAUCAUUGCUGAGAAAGAAGAGCGUGUCUCAGAACUGCGCCAUCAGCUCCAGUCGCGCCAGCAGCUCCGUUCCCGGCGUCACCCUCCGACACCCCCAGACCCCUCUGGGAGUCUGCCUAGGGGGCCUCCCGAGCCCCCUGACCGGCUUAGCUGUGAUGGGAGUCGAGUCCAUUUGCUCUACAAGUGAGGGAAUUGUGGGGAGGACAGGCCAGGCAGGGGAGAGGGGGAGGGGGUGGGAGGCCGUAGGGGGCAGGAAAUGCCUCCCCACCCUCCCUCCUGUAAAUACAGGCCUUUCUGUGAGUCCUGGGGUUAUCCGAGCCCCCAGUACGCUGGGAAGCAGACUGUUCUCUCUUCCUCCUCCAUAUCAUUCCCUAGCAGUACUUCCUCUUUAGUUUGUUCAUCCCCCUGAAGCUUCUUACUCAGUGACUCCCUGCGUAGGUCCUCUGGUGAAGCCCGCCUGUCUGUUGCCACGGCAACCCCCAGCUUCCUUUGCCAUUGUGCUCUGCUCUCCUCCAGCAGGGGUCUCCCCAGAGUGCCCUGUCUGUCCCAACAGGUGCUUCUCCACCUCUCUCGCCCGUCAUCCUCUCCUCCCACCCCACUGCCUCUCAACAUCCACAAGUUUUGUUUUCCUUCUUUGGGCACUCAUUCUUCUCGCCAAGAUUCACAUGCGCCUCGCCUCUGCUCUGUGUGUUCAUGCUGCCCCUCCCCCCUGCCCCCCCCAGUGGCCUCCCUCCCGUUUGUUCUCACUGCACCUGCUCGUGUUCAUGCUCACUUCCCACGUGUGCCUUCUGCACCCUCCCUCUGGCCACAUGUGUUCCCUCCACAGGAGGGGCCCUCAUGUGCCCUCUCGCCUGGUCACGCAUGCUUAGUCGGCGUGUGCCCUUUGUCCGGCGUGCUGAGUCUCGUCUUCCCGAUUGCCGCGUCCACGUUUUGCCCACGCAUUUCCCUGCGCCAUGCAUUUCCCCUGCACGCUCUCCCGGGUCCUUCUCACGGAAGGACUCACCGGGCUUUUCCAGCAGAGCUGGAGGUGUCUACUCUGCACAUUGUCAAGCACUUUCCCUUUGCUCAUAUUGGUGGGGCCAGUUGCCCCCUUUCUUGGCACACUUGGUUCUGCUAGAACUUUCCCUCUCUCCUUUGCACUCAUGUACCACCCUCAGUCCAUUCAUAGUCAUCCUGUGCCAAGAUUGUCCCCUUUGCUUUUUUGUUUUUCUGAGGGGAUUCAGGAAGAAAUGGGGACAGGUUUGGGUCUAGCUGACCGUGGCUGAGCAUCCUGGCCGAAGGAAGGCACACGUCACUCUUGAGAUGAAUGGAUGGACCUGUGGGCCGGGGUAUCCCUGUCACAGUGUAGUCUAUUGGGGAAGGAUCGUCUCAAGUCUCAAUAAACCAGUGAACAGUGA